AUGGUGGACGUCCCUCAGUUCUUACGUUUUUCGAAAGUCCCGAUCAUGUUUGACCGCUCGGAUCAUCCUGACCGAGUGGCUCACCCAGGGCAGAACCCACCGGUAUUAGCCCCAAUCUUCAAGAUCAUCAAGCUGAAGUGGUUGCUUAUCGAUGGAGGCAACACCCUCAAUAUCCUCUUUGUAAAGACUCUCGACGACAUUAAGAUACCCACGUCCAAGCUAUGUCCUAGUAGCACACCCUUUCACGGCGUCAUCUUUGGACUGUUUGCUAUGCCACUCGGCCAAAUCGCUCUUCUGGUGACCUUUGGAUCAAAGGAUAAUUACCGGAUGAAGAACAUCUGCUUCGCAGUCGCCGACUUAGAAACGGCCUACCACGCCAUCGUCGGAAGGCCUGCACUAGGCAAUUUCAUGGGGGUACCUUGUGGUAAAGAUGUCGGCCUCCAAGAUGUUAGCACCCUGUGCAGCGACGUCAAACAAGCGUUCACUUGCGAAACUAAUAUCUGCGAGAUCGUGCAAAAUGCGGAGAAGAAGAUUGGUUGGGAGAAGAUUCGUGAGGAGUCCGCUUGUCAGUCGGAGGAAGACGAAGUACCAUCUAAAAAGAUGGCCAAGAUCUCCAGCAAUGAUAAGAAGCAGAUUUCCCGCGACCCGACUGACCCCUCCACGUUCACAUUCAUGGGGACACAGUUAGAUCCUAAAUAG